AUGCACUUCUCAAAACUUCUUGUUUUCUCCGCUGGAGCCAUUACUGCAGUUCUAGCGGAUCAAUUUAUGGUUCCCACUCCAUGGUAUGUCCAAAAAAUCAGUAUUGGAAACAUUAGACACGGCACCGGCGGCUUUUGGUCAUUCAACUUGAUUGACACACCCACUCCUGCCCCUCAAGGUCUCAAUGUAACAUGUAGUUAUUCAAGUCCAACUACUUAUGUAUUCGCACUCGAUGGUGCUCCAGUCGAUGCACCCUGCAGUGGUAAUCCCAAUGUAACUUUCAGUCUAUAUCCUGAUGGCGAUCAUUUUACAUUCAAUAUCACGCAUUUGUAUGGAAAUUGCGGAACUGAGGAUAGCCCGACUCCAUGCAACGACAGUGGAACUUGGAAAUUCAGCUGGGAUGAUGUGAGAGGGCAGGAAUCUGAUGUUCAGAAUAACUUUGGACAGUCUGGAAGUUUUACCAGAGACUCCAUUUCCAUGUAUCCAGUUCGAGCGAUACCUAGCGAGAAAUGCGAGUUCUGUUGA